UCUGUAAUACUAUUAUAAAAAUUGGAAGUGAUUAAGUUACCAAUCAUCGGCGUUAAUAAUUACGCUUAUAUUAUAUACUUUUUAUUGUAAAAUAUAAAUGAUCUAAUUAUUAGUAUGUUCAGCAUACUAUAAGUCAACUUAAUAAAAUUAAAAAUUAAAACAUAUGAAUUUGGAAGUGUUUAAUAGAGUUAACUGGAAGGAGGGGAGUGGUGGGCGUUCAGGUAUGUAUUGCGAAUGGGCUUCACUAAGUUUAGCUGUACAAAAUUGUGGAGAAUUAGGACAGAGUGUGCUAAACAAAUUUCCAGCAGGUUCUUGCAAGGAAGUGGUAACAUCUGUUAUCAAACAAUUAUCAUCUAAUUUAGGAAUAACACAACCCCCUGAACCUAGCAAACUUAUCAAAGAUAAUGAAGUAAUUUGGUGCAUGGAAGUGAUAUGCUAUGGUUUAAGUCUUCCACUUUCAGAACAUGACACAAUUAGAGAUUGUGUUCAUAUUUAUUGUGAUUGGCUUUCAUCAUUAUAUGAAACUCCAAAAAUUUCAGUUCCUAAGCCUGUAUGUAAUGAUCCUAAUUUAUAUGCUAGAAAAAUUAUUUCACAUUUUUAUAACUUAUUUGUUCCUCGAAAAGGAGAAGUCUGGACCUUUAUAUAUUUAAAUAUUGGAGCUGAUGCAAUUAAUCGCCAAGCUGUCCUAUGUCAUCGAGUUUUAAGGACUUUACAUGAUGUAUCUCGAACAUCAAAAAUUAUAGAAGCAGAAACAUGGGAAGCACUUUUAUUAUUUCUUCUUGCCAUUAAUGAUGCAUUAUUAGCUCCACCAACAAUUAAAGAAGAUGUUGGAGAAGAACUAUGUGAAAGAGUGCUGAGUGUCUUAAUAGAAGUUUGGUUAGUCGCAUGUGUUCGUUGUUUUCCAUCACCAUCUAUGUGGAAAACAUUGAGAGAAAUGGCUAUUACUUGGCGUCAUCGCACAGCUUUAAUUCAUCAAUGGAAUCGAAUAAAUUUAGCACUUACAUCACGUCUAUUAACUAUUAUGUAUGGUCCUGACUUUCCACAGCUUAAAUUGCCUAAUGAAGAUGUCCAACUUAUUCCACCAGAAAUGUCAAAUGAUACAAUAGCUCAAAGUUGGUUUAGAUUAUUACAAACAAUUGGUAAUCCUGCUGAUCUCAGUCGACCAUCAACAAUAAGUCGAACUCCAAAAUUUUUACAAGCCGCCCUUUCUGAUUCUCAACAUAAACUGGUUGAUCCAACAAAUCAUCCAUGCUUAAAUAUUUUGCCUUAUAAUUUUUAUAUUUCUAUACGUGGAAUUGCUUCACUUGUUGAUGCAUUUUUAGGUAUUCCAUCUCAUCCUACUAUUAUUUGGGAUGAUGUUCUACCUUGGAGUAUGGGAAGCACUUUAGAUAAAAAGGAUGGAAGUAUAGUAACACAAACCCCACCUUCUCAAAGGCGAUUGGCAAAAAGUUUUAGUGUUGCACCAACUCUUACCAAUAAGGGUAUUCCUAAAUCAUCAUUGGUGGGCUUAACAACAAGUCGAAUAAACACUCAAACUAAUAAACAAUCUACUUCUACUAUAUCAAUAUCUUCAACUAUAUCAGAACCUAAAGUAUUUGCGGAAAAUCGUCCACACUGCAAUAGUAUUCUUCAUCUUUUCGGGGAAUGGUUAUUUGAAGCAGCACUUCUUGGAGUUGAUUUUAAUAAACCAAAACAAGCUACUCCUGACAGUAGAAUGUCUAAACGACCUAGUUCAGUCAUGUUUGAUACAACUAGCAUAAAAAGUGGUGGAUCUGGAGGUUACAGUAGUAUGGGAGGUGGAAGUACAGCUUCAGCAUCUCAACCAAAUUCACUAACUGACAAUGUUUCUGACAGUAUUGAUUCCAUUAAUUUAUUAAAUAUGGCCCAUUAUGAUCGAUAUUUGCCUGGACGUGCUGAAGCAAUAGGAACAUUAUGUAGAAUAUUUUGCUCUAAAAAAACAUCUGAAGAAAUUUUGCCAGUUUACUUAGCUCGGUUUUAUAUGACAGUCUGUGAGGGACUACAUGUUAAUGAAAUGCAUGAAUGUGAUGAAACAAUUACAAGCAUAUUAUUAAAUUCCAAUGAUCUAUUUAGAUUAGAUUUGAGUGGUAUAAAUGUAUUAGUACCUUAUAUAAUUGAAACAUUAGAACUAGUACUACCUGAAAGGGAUUUAAAACUAAGAUUAAAUACUGUAUCUAAAAGUGAACUUAGAAGGUCUGCUAUAAAUUUACUCUUAUCUUUAGUUUCAUACCCAUUACAUUUUAAAGACUUAACUAUUAAGGAGUUGAAUUCUUCAAGUAAUAUGUCUCGUGGAUCUAUCAUUAUGGGAGAUCUAAAACCUCGUGUUAUGAAUCUUCUUAUUAAUGCUUUACAGAAUGAAUCUGACUCACAUAACUGUCAAAUGCUACUAGGAGGUUUGCUAUGUUGUGUACAAGAUUCUGCAUUUCUUGAAGAAUCUGAAAAUGAUACAGAGUCUGACACAACAGCUCAUAGUGAUACACCAUCUAAUUUAUUAUCAUCAGUGGAUACAAUGAGUUCAUUUAGUUUACCAUCCAGUCAACAUGAUCAAAUGGUAAGUUUAUUUCAAACCAAUGCAAGUAAUACUCCCGAAUCCAGUUUAGAACCGGCUGGCUUUUAUUUUUCUGAUGCAUUCGACUUCUCAAUAUUGAACAAAAAUUCUGCUCAUGCAUUGUACAUCCGAGCUACAUAUUUAGUAUGUCACAGACUAAUUUCUUCAUGGAAAUCUGACUUGAAUAUAUCACUUGCUGCUUUAGAAUUGCUCAUGGGAUUAGCUAGAGUGAAUAUAAGAGAUACAGAUUCUUUAGAAUGUAAAAGAGCAGUAAAAUGGUUAUGUGAUUACAUUACUUAUCAGUGUUGGAGACCACCUCCAGCUCAUUCUCGAGAUUUACAUUCUACUAUUGUUGCUGCCUAUCAAUGUGCCGCAGUUUGGCUUGUUGCUCAUCCUUAUCUUUUAGAUGAUAAAGAUUGUCUUAAUACUGUCAUUGAAGUAGUUGAACUUGGCAUAUCCGGAACAAAAUCACAUGGAAAACCUCAAGAAUCAAUAAAGAUGAAGGAUGAAAAGGAACUAAAACCUGCUUCAAUGAGAGUGCGAGAUGCAGCUGAAUCUUUAUUAGCUAUUAUUUUAGAACAAGUGGGUAGUUUCCCUUCAAUUUGUGGUGCUGAAAGUUUGUCAUGUUUGUUAGAUGAAAUUACUUUAAUUAAACAUUGUAACUCAAUCGCUGUAAAUAAUAUGGAAUGUAAAUCUCAUGCAGUAUCUAAGUUUCGAUAUUUUGUACUAGAGAAUUCAAUUAUUCUAGCUUUAUUUGAAGAACCUUUGGGCAAUGAUCAAGAUGCUCAACCUACAUUGACUGUACUUAUAAGAAGUUCAUUUGGAAGACAAGCAUGGACCCUUCAAUUAAGACAUCUCCCUAGACAUAGAUCUUCAUCUUCCAAACAAUAUAAUACUUUCCCAGGACGACCAGUACCAAUGGAAGAGCCCAAUCGACAAAAAAAUUAUCGUAAAUCAAGCAGACAUUUCUCUGAGGUUAAUGAUCAAAUAUCAAUGUGUAAAAUGGACAAGUCCAUUCCAAGUCUAGACAGCUUAGUUUUUAAUGAUGAAGAACAUAAUAUUUUAUCAAAUUUAAUCGAAAAGCAAAAAGAAAUGGAAAAUCUUUGUUCAGAAUCUUUAUCAAAAACUGUUGAUAUUAUGCCCCCUCAACCAUGUACAGACUUCAGUACAGCAAGACUUUUUUUAUCUCACUUUGGAUUUUUAUCUAGAUUGGAUGAUGUUAAUUCAUCUUCAGUUCCAUCAUUAGUUGCUUUAAAUGCAAAUCAUGAAAAUUUUUAUAAAGAUUUAGAAAUUCUGGAUAACACACCUUCUCGAACUUGUGAUACAUGUCAUAUAUUUUAUGUCAAGGAUGGCCAGAAAAAUGUUAAGGAUAUAUUAAUGAAUGUAACAUCUAGUACAACAGUGACUCCUAAGUUUUUGGAAAUACUUACUAAUCUUGGUUGGCCAGUGAAUGUUAAUGAACAUCCUGGUUGGACUGGACGGAUUGAAACUAGCUGGAAUUUACCAGGUUUUAAGAAUACUAGUAACCAAAAAAUGAAUACAUUACACGGCGGAAAUUUAUACAAUGGUGAGAGUCAUGUUAUUUAUUGGGCUGAUGUAAGCUCUGAAAUAGCGUUUGUUGUUCCAUCACAUAAUGUACAAGAAAAAUCACCAAAAAAUGAAGCUGCUACUAAUUCGAAACAUGAAACAUUUAAAUAUACCAAACCUAUGGCUUCUAGAACAGUGUCUGUUGAUUUUGAUGAUAUGGGUAAACCUACACAACCAUUUAUUGAACCUCCAAAAAGACGUCCACAAUUUAAAUCAGCGACUAUUAUGCUUGUUUGGUUGGAGAGUUUUGAAGAUCAUUUACAUUUUCCUAUUGCCGAUUUAUUGACUUUUACCAAUACGGGACUUGAACCAGCUUCAUACAUAAAAGAUGUUAGUGAUGUACAUGUAAUAUAUUUACAUGAACUGCAAAGUGGUCUUCUUAGGGUAAAAAUACAAGGACCCUUUAGCAGAACAAGUAUUGCAACCCCAUUAGUUGAUGGUAUAGUUAUUAGUAAAGAUGUAGUUGGUUCUAUGGUUAGACAAACAGCUUUAAAUAUUUGUAGGCGUAAAAGAUUAGAAAAUGACAGUUUUCAACCUGGGCACAUUCGGAGACGUUUAAAAAUUCAAGAAAUUUUAGGUAAAUAUCAAAUAAAAAUGACAAAACCUGAACUGUAUACUUACUUAUUGAAUAAUACUAACUUAGGUUAAUAUAUUUAUAUCUUAUAAAAGUUAGUGCAAUAUUUUUAUUUUUAGUGUUUUUUUAUAUAUAUGUAAUAUUUAGUAAAUCAUAAUAAUUGUAUAAUAUUAAAUGUAAUAUGAUUUAUUUAACAAAA